AUGAAUUUGAAAGGAGCCGCGUGUUGUCCAUACCGCACCAUAUUUGACAUCCCCUUCUGCUACGUUCCCCAAUUGGGGAGGCAUCGGGCGCAUGCCAUUUCCGUCACACUGGAAUCCCCGCUGCUUGAGGCUCUGCGACUUAUGUUGCAGCACGACAUUGAGAGCAUUGCCGUAGUGUCAGAGGAAUACAUCAUUGUGGAUGUCAUAAACCGCAGUGAUAUCGUCCGCAUUGAGGAUCAGGGCGUGUAUGACACGGAACUUACCGUCCGUGAGGCAAUUGGGAGCACAGUGAGUGCAAAAAUAUGCGUUUUUCAUGCUAAGGAUGCACUGCGGGAUAUAUUUUUUCACUUUGCGCGGCAGCGGGUGAAGGAGCUCUUCCUCGUUGACCCCGACACCGACAAGCUACUGGGCCAACUGAACAUUGCGGAGAUGGUUUUCUUUUUAGUGUUUGGUGUCACCACGACUAGCGCCACGGGGGACGUUCGUGGUUGUGUACAAACGGCGUUUUCCUCCUCUCCCCUUCUCGCCCCCACCCCGAAUCCUGCACGUGCCGUUGCCGCUGCCAACGAUAAUGACGGCAACACACAAAAAUAA